AUGAGGAAACGUGGUCUAGUGCCAAAAUGCAUGCAUAAUGGAAAAAAACAAAAUAAUGGAAUUAUCGAGCAUGUGUUACGCUCGGUCUCCUUCCCCUUUCUACUUUUCUGUUCUGAAUCGAAACUCCAGGUCAGUAAUAACACAAGAAUAAGGGAUCGAUAUGAAAGGGACAAUGGUGGUGACAGGGUGAAAGAUAGUGGAAAGGAAGGUGGUGUAGAGUCUUCAAUGAUGGCUGUGCAGUGGGUUUUAUUUUGGCUAGAUUCAAUAAACGAAGUUGAAUAUAGAGGCGUGUCCGAUAAGGUUUGGAGAAAAUUGAUUGAAAAUAGAGGCUGCUAUCGCUUAUCUGAAGUCUUAACUACGGUUUUGAGUUAA